UCAACAGUAUUAGACUUGAAGUAGCAUUAACUUCAGUGGAAAAUUUCAGUUCAGAGCUCAAAAGGCUUUCCUGGCGGUUCUUAAAGAUUCAGGCCAAGAAACUCUUCUGAUGGCUCGUCUUACGGCUUUGAGCAUGGCGGUAGUGCUCCACUCGGUGCUGGGCAUUUCGUAUUACUACUACUUCCGCGGAUCACCCGAAUCUGCUGCUCCUGCCUUGGGCGCCUGGCUCUUCUCGGCCUGCAUUGUUGCCUUGCUCCAGGCGGUAAGGAUCUUUCCCAGCACUGUGCCCGCCGAUCAGCGGUUUAGAGGUAGGAAUAUUAAUAAUCGGGCCAUCCAGCCGUCCUGGGCAGCGCUCUUCCUGGAAACGGGCAUCUGCUGUUUGGUGCUCGAUGUAACUCUGACCAAAUUAUGGCAUCGAAUUGAGUCCCUCUGCCAGUGUGCCACUGUGGGCGUCCUCCAGGCAUUGGCCGUCGAGGAGCAAACUUUCCUGGCCUACGAGUACUGGACUGUGGGCCUGACCACUGGCCUGAUCGGGGCAUGCCUCCUCUGGCUCACACUCUGGGCCACCGCGUUGCCGACGAAGCUUCAUUGUCGCCUGCUGGACUGGCGGCGCUCCUUUCAUCGCCACUGCAACUCGAUGCUCUUUGGGCCGGGCACUCCAAUGCCGGCACAAGCGCAGGAAAGCGCCCAGAGCUUCGUCUCCUGAACGGAAAUAGAAGAAAAAUA